AAACGGUGACCGUUGAAUGUCACUAUGUUUACAUACAAUGAAAACAACAGCUAUGAAAUCUGGCCUAGUUAGAGGAGAUAUCGUGCCAUGAGACAUGCAUAACGCCUCGUGAUAAGCGUCUUGGUUUCAGGACGAAUUUCGUGUGUGUGCACGGUGAACAAACGCGCUGCUGCAAGCAGUGCCAUGGACGGGUUACAGUCUCCAGAGAGCUGUCAGGCAUCAUGCCGGCGACACGAACAGGUGCCAGGGUUGCCGGGCCAUUUUAACGACGUGAUUGUUUGUGGCGACAUGUCUACAGCAAAGAAACAUGUCAUCUUCUUCGGAGGCGAUGUUCAGGACUAUCCUGAGAGAAUGUCAAGCCAUCGGGAUAACAAGAGAUAUCUUCAAUGGAACUUGGAAAGCACAGCACAAAUUCUCCUGAAAAGGUUUCAAGACAGUGCAGUUUUUGUCAUUAAACCUUGCAGUAUGCAUCUCAACACAUUCAGCGUCUAUUCCAACUUUGUAGAAACAAAUGCCUUUGGCAGUCCAUCCCAUAGUCAUUCCCCACAGGCUUGGAUCCAUUUGAAACCUUUGUAUUGUAAUGUAGUGAGUAAAGAACUAGUGAAACAGUCCGAUUCAUCUGGGAAGGACACGAGUGAUACACAGGUGCCAUUGACACUAAUAGGAUUCAGCAAAGGCUGCGUAGUUCUCAAUCAGAUGCUCUAUAGCCUGUCAUCGGCUGAAGGAUACCCCAAAAUAAAGGAUUUCAUUAAUCAGAUCGAAGAAUUCUAUUGGUUGGAUGGAGGCCAUAGUGGCCAUGGUAAUACAUGGAUUUCUGACACAGAGAGUCUGCAGAAUCUGAGCGAACUGAAGAUCUAAGAUACAUGUCCAUGUGACUGGCAUUACCAGGUUCGAGACCAGAUGAGGGCAUGGGUAGGGAAAGAAGAAAAAAAGUUUGUGAGCAAGUUGAAGAAAUUUGGUGCUGACAUAACAGAAACUCUUCACUUCGAAGAUUUACCUGCAUCAAUAGAAAACCAUUUUGGGGUGCUCAAAGAAUUUUGAUAAUCAGCAUAUUCAGAGGCAGUUUGUGAUACAGCAUAUUGGAAAUGUUAUGACUUUAAUUACAUCAUCAGUCAGUACAACAAGCAGUUUUGUCCGCUAGUCUGAACCCGGUUGUGUGGAGGUAUUUACUGUAGAAAUUAGUAAUGGCAUAUGUAGACUAUUAGAACUUAGCUUACCGUGCUUUAUACCCCAAAAUUAAUUUUACUAGACUUGUAAUUUAGACCGAUGGCUAUAAGUGAAAAAAUGUAUCAAUGAUAGCCACUGUUGAACAUUGGAGCCUAAGUAGGCUUGGGGACAUGAGUGGCGGAGAUGUCCAAGAUGCUACUGUGCAGAUUUGUGUCCCUUGGACACACCAGGAUCCUGUAAAUGUUUAUGUAAACCCUGUUUCUUUGAAUAAUGUUUCUAGGUUUGUCAGCACCAUAUCCAUGCUUGUGUAUUUCACCAAAGUGGUCAACCUGCAUCACUUUAGGCUCUCCGCCCAUAUUAAGCAGUACACCAAGGAGAGAAGACUGUUGUGUGUAGAGUUUCCAUAAAAGGCAGACCCAAUGGAGAAACUCAAUAACAAAUUGACAAAAAAUUGACUCAAAGGGAGUAUUGUGUGUGGAGUUUCUACAAAUGCAGUUUUUUUUGUUUUGGAUGACAUGGUAUAUGGAAUUUGAAAACAGGAUCAGUAGUUAAAUAUAUUAACAUU